AUGGAAGAUAUCACCAAGGUUGAAAGCUACCUAGCUGCGCUAGAUUCCUCCAUAGAUACCCUAGAGGACACCGUCAAACCAAUUCUAGGCAAGGAUAUGGUGCUGAUAACGGAAGAUUUAGACCCAAUUUCACGAAUAAAGGCAUACAACAACUACCUCUAUGUCACCAUUUCCACUUUAUUUGCAUACCUCAAGAGCACAGGGGUCAAGACAGAGUCACACCCCAUCAUGGAAGAACUAGCAAGAAUCAAAAAGAGCAUGAAUAAGGUGAAAGAGUUAGAACAAAAACUUCAGCUGAAAGACACUUCCGCACAAGAUAGCGAAACCGCAAAGAGAUUGAUACAGCAGGCGUUGGGUAACAACGUCAAUGGUGGAGGGGCAGCUGCUCCUGACAGUAUCAAGAAACCUGCUAUUAGCUCAGCUAGUUUUAAGGGCCUGGAAUUCCAGGGAAAGCAUACCAAAUUUCAUGAGAAAACGACCCCGACGAAAGUUACCAAACCAAAGAAAUCACAAGAUGACAAGGCGAAAGGAAAGAAAAAGGCAAGAAAGUAG